CUCCCCCCACCACCUGUUUAUGACAUUGUCAAUUGUCCCACAUCUCAGACGUUACUCUUAGUAUCUUCCCUCAUUAACACUAUCCUCGCCGUCAACGACCGGCUAGCCUGUCCAAAGAUCACAUUGUUCCACUCGCGAGCUAUCCCCAAUAUUUCAAUAGAGGCAUAUCUUUCUCGUAUCCUCAAAUAUGCUACCUUCCAAAACGAAGUCCUCCUAAUUAUUCUUCUAUACUUUGAUCGCAUUGGCGGUGGAUGCAAACCCACGCAACUGAUUAUCAACAGCUUCAAUAUUCACCGUCUUCUUAUCACCAGU